AUGGUCAGGGCAGCAGCUUGCCACCGCCAUCGUCAAAUCCGAUGCAAUCCAAGCCGGAGCCGAUUCAAUGCACCGAACAUGGCCGACCGUGGCGAAACCGCGAAACUACAGGAACUCUGCCCGCCACGUAAGGUGCUGCACUUCAGCGACGGCGUGCUCCAGGAAAACAGCUCGGAAGAGAAUGAGCCACCUGUGCCCAUGACCGUGGUAGACCCGAGGACGCUGCCGUGGGCGCCGUUCCUGCUGCACUGGGCGCUGCAGCUGGGAAGCCAGGCCCUGGCCGUGUGCGACUACCUGGGAGAGCAUCUGGCCAACUGGUUCGGCGUCACGGCGCCCAAGUACCGGUACGAGAUCGAGCAUGGACAGGCGGACGACGAUGACAACGAGCAGAAGCAGGAGCCCGGCUGGCAGCGACCAGCGGAGCUGCUGCAGGUCACGGCCCAGCAGCCGGCCCAGCAACAGGGUCCGCGCUACUGAGUGUGAACACAUUCGUUUACACUGAGCACACGGCGAACCGCAACUAUUGCGUGCCAAGCUCGUCCCACCCGCACGCGAAAGCGCACCGACGCACACUUGAAGGCGCACACCGCGAUUUAUUAUUGUUCGUUUGAGCGGCUGGUCGAGCCUGCGCGGAGCACAGGCGGCACGUUGCAUGGUCGCGUACCCCAUACUCAUUCCAAAAUGCCAAAGGAUCAAAAAGCAUACGUGGUAUGUGAAGUGGAGAGGGUAGGCUAUAUUUAUUUAUAUUUAAGGCAAUUACGCACGCUUUGGUGGACCACGAACACUUGUCACAUAUAUGAACAUCCAUGCGGCAUAAAAUGUAAAGAGCAGAAACUUCAUAUACCUGUGGCUUGUUUGCGUAGAGAAUUCAUGUAGACAGUGUACUUGGUAGUGUAUUGUUUGAUAGUGCCUAGAACUCGUAUGCAUACAGAUGCCUGGUCUGCCUGGAAAAAUUGUGAAACAGUUUUCUUGCUUGAAAUAGGAUGUAAUGGGCCGCGAAAAAGUUAGCCCUUCAGACUUCAUAGUUUGGUGUUGCUUUCAACGAGCCAAAACAUAGACAAGCUUUUGAUAACUUCAAGGUUUUUCCAGUACAUAUAAGGGUUUUGGUCCAGUAACCUGACCCCAAGAAUUAUGGUAUGUAUCCAAACUGUUUGUCUUAAGUGCGGUGAAGGUUGCUAGAACCAUUUGCUCUUCCCCACUCACUAAUUCAAGGGGGCAUGAAAUGACUGCCAGGAGAAAGACUGGCCUCGAAGUUCCUGGUUAGAGAACAUUAAAAACUCAAAUAUUUAUUGUGAAUGCCCACGUCUCUUUCAGUAGCACAGGACAACAUCUUAAUCAUACAAUGGUGGAAAUUCAUUUGUGAAGUUAAUGAACCUGUAACAACACCAGUGCUAGUCGGUAAAUGCCUGUGCGGAGAGGAUGAAGGUUGUGUACACACACUGGUGUUUUUAGACAGCAGUGUACAUGAGAGUUGCCUAAAAAAGGAUCAGUAAAUGUUUAAAAUAAUUUAGCCUGCAUAGCACACAGAGACAUGCCUCUUAGGUCUGUGUAAGGUGCAGCCAUAAUUAAAUGUUUGGUUAGCAUGUAAAAGAAAUAAUUGCUAACUUCUUGGACAGGCCUUGCAUUUUGGAAAUAUUUUGUUAUGUGGGAUUUUAUGGCGCAAAAGCAAGUUAGGCUCAAACGAAUCUUUUUUAACCCCACGAAGCCCAACAUAUCAUUCUUGCUAUGCUGAAUUAGAUACCUCAAAAUUCUUAUUCAACUGCAGGAAGCUUAUUGCAAAGCCCAUAAUAGUGUCUUUGGUACACUGGAGCGAGUUUUUAGUUGUGGCUAGUUAAGUAAGCAGUUGCAGUCCAUUCCCAUCAAUUCGAGCUAAUUCAAUUAGGCUUUUCACUUCAUUCGAACGCACUGGAAAGUCCCGGUGGGAAGCCAUAUAUUGGAGCUAUAAAAAGAAAACUCAUUUAGUUUGAAUGCCAAGGCAUGUUGCUUAGGCUACCUGGUGAUGAUGACGAUCUAUUGGUAUCCCCUUUGAAACAAGGCAGCAACCAGUAGUCACCUAGCCUGCUUGAGUUACUCAGGUAUGCAAUAUAUGCUUUUCAUUCUAGCAUUUUUGUGUAUAUUUCCUUUUUCUAUUCCUCAAAACUUCUCCGUCUACCUUGUAUCGCUACCUAUGCCUGUAAUGGGUCCGGUCAUAUCAAUCUCUUCCCUACUUUUUUUCCACCAAUACUCUAAAAGUCUCUUGCUUAUCUUGACUGCUGACAGGUUGAUGCUUCCGUCCACUUUAAAUCCAAGUGCUUCUGGAAGGUGUAUAUUACCUAUGGGCCUCACUGGGUGAAUCUCUUCGCAUUCCAUUAGGAUGUGCUGAGUGAUCUCUGGAUUAUUGCUCCGGUAUGUUCUUUUCCUUAGGCGACCUGCACAAGCCUCAAGUAGCAAGGCACUUCCCUUGGUGUUAUCGUACAAAUAUUCCCUUCCAAUUUCAUUCUCCUCAUUCUUGUACAUCUUCAUGGUCUUUUUUGUUUCCAUUCUUUGCAUCCAGCUCACAGUCUCCGUUUCUGCCACUUUCUUUCCAAUGACUCCUGGUCUUCUGUUUACACUUUCAAUUACCCCGUACUUUGUUGCUAACUUUCUUGACCUCUUCUGCCAUACUGUGUCCACAUUUUUCAGGUACAGAUACUUGUGCACUUUGUGCGAGCCUACAUCGACUUCCCACUGGCACCCUAUCAUGUGUGCAGCAGUUACUAUAAGCUUGAAAACAAGAAAUUUAGCAGACGACUUCACUAGAUUCCGGUGUGAUGACAGUAACGGCAAUAACUUGUCCUGCAGUGAUUAUAACAACUUGUGCUGCACUCUGGGUGAGGUUUCGACAGUUUUGUCAGUGACUACGGUAGUGUUGGAUUUCGGGACCACUGACUGAUGACAUGCAUAGUUAUUGUAAUACUGUAUUGGAAGUAGUCUGUCGAUGAAGACAGACUACUUCAAGCAAUUAACAAAAAAUUAAAUCACUUUAGUUUUCCCCCAUUUUGUAAUUUGACCUUUUGAAUAAUUUGCCCAUAACCAUAAGUCCCACAAGGCUCAAUAUAACUGGAGUGGACUGUACUAAUUAAUCAUUAUACUAACAAAUUUUUUACUCAAGUAAUGUUUGAUUUUUAGAAGGUGUAUGUAUUUCUCUAUGUCCAGGAAUACAGAUGAAUGAGUUUUAGUUUUUCUUGAUGUGGAAUGGUGUUUGGGAUUUGUGGGGUUAGAGUUGCCUCAUUUUGUUAAAAGCUGAUUGCAUUAAGCUGAUAGCAAUGAAUAUAGUUCCAGUAAUCAUGGUCAACUAACAACUUAUGUGGUGCCGUUGGUGACCAAAACAUUGCCAGCCUUUGCUAAAUCACUUGAGCUUCCUAUAAACCGCAGUGUCCUUUCUGCCUGUGUGUGUGCCUGAUUCAAGCUAAACCAUGCACCUCUUGGCCAGGGACUGUGGCACAUAUUUAUUCUUGCAGCCUUUUUGCUGCCAUUACUGCUCACGCUUUCUUAAUGCUGCAUAUUGUACUGCGAAGCAUUCUGCUGGAGAAAUUCAGCAGAGCUGAACACAUUGUGCAUGAAGGUAAAUAGGUGUGUUGUUUUCAUACGCUAAUUGCUGGUUGUUUGUGCCCAUGUUAUGACUUGUUCUGAAUAAACAGGUGCUGAAAUGAGG